AUGAGAAUGAAUCCUUGGAAAGUGUUCGGGAAAGAUCGAAAUGGGACAACGACGAUUUUCAUUUGUCGUGGUCAUAUUUUGAAUGGAAUGGAGGAUGAUCUCUUUGAUGUCUACCAAAAUGUGGAAUCGGCUAAGGAGCUUUGGGAGUCCUUGGAGAGCAAAUACAUGGCGGAAGACGCUUCAAGUAAGAAAUUCUUGGUUAGCAAUUUUAAUAAUUAUAAGUUUGUUGAUGGUCGGUCCAUAAUGGACCAAUUUCAUGAAUUGCAACGUAUCUAUGGUAGCUUAGAGCAACAUGGUAUAGCUAUGAAUGAGUUGUUUGUUGUUUUUAGCAUUAUUGAUAAGUUACCCCCUAGUUGGAAAAAUGUUAAGCAUGAUCUUAAGCAUAAGAAGGAGGACAUGACAUUGUCCGGUUUGGCCACCCAUCUUCAAAUUGAAGAAGGGAUUCGUGCCAUGGAAGGAGCUAAGGAUGGAAAUCCUAGCACAUCUACCGUGAAUAUGGUAGAUGAAGGGAGAGCUAGUGCAUCUACUAGUGGAAAAAGUAAGAAUAAUAAUUCUUCCAAGGCAAUUCCAAAAAGCAAGCAAACAAUAACAAGUUUGCUUGUUGGGAAUGCGGUAAGGAUGAUGACUCAUUGUGAAUUGAUUCGGGGGCUUCAAGGCAUGUGUGCAAGAGUAAACACUGGUUCAAAAACCUUUCAAAAGGUUGUUGAUGGAGAAGAUCUCUACUUGGGGAACAAUUCUACCAUCAAGGUCCUUGGAAGAGGGCAAGUUGAGCUUGUGUUUAGUUCGGGGACUGCAAUAAUUCUUAGGAAUGUUUUGUAUGCUCCGGAAAUUAGUAGGAAUCUUGUAUCCAUGCCUACCCUGAAUAGUCUUGGCUAUAAGCUUAUAUUUGAAGCUAAUAGAUGCAUUAUUACUAGGGGUGUAACAUUUACAGGUCGUUGCUACUUAGAUAAUGAUGAAGCUUUAACCAAGUUUGAUGUUUAUAAAAGAGAGGUAGAACUGCAAGUAGAAUCAUUUAUUAAGAGAAUUAGAACUGAUAAGAGAGGGGAAUAUUAUGAUCCUGCUUAUUUCCAAUCUUUGGGUAUAAUUCAUGAGACAACAGCGGGUUAUGCACCACAAUCAAAUGGUGUAGCUGAAAGAAAACAGAACUCUUGA